UCAGCGCUGUGCUGCCCGAAGGCGAAAUCCGCACGCAGACGCAGCAGAGUGGGAGAGCGCGGGUGGGCGUCGGAGCGGGCGUCAGGGUCACUCACGACAGACCCCUGAGACGCCGCCGCCCCUGAGGAGGCGUCGACCCCUGAGCAGCCGCCGCCUGCGUCGCCGCCGCGCAUGUCGUACGGAGCACUGCCCGCCUCGGCCAGCUCUCCUCCGCACCACCACCUACAUUCGCCCUUUUCUUCGGUCGCAAACGAAGCUGGUCUUCCUCUCUCUUCUCUCUCUCUCGCUUCGCUUGCCACAGGCUGGUCCUGCUCUCUUCACCCUGCGCCUUCUCGAGCCGGUCUCUUCUGCUACUCUUCGCUUUUUUGCUGCUUCCACGCACUUCGGCGCUUCACAUCUAUCUCUUCUCGUCACGAUGCUUCGCUCGACGCCCUUUUUCGUGGCCCCUCCCGAGGUGCGUCUGCAGCACUGUGUCGACGACGCGCGCUCACGCCGGCCCAGCUCCUUGCCCAGGCAAUGGCGUCUACCUCGCAGCGCGGCGCCCCGGCCAGCGCCAGCGCCCAGCCCAGCAGCCGGCCAUUCAAGCGCGUGCGUGCCGCUGUCCGUCCCUCGAGGCUCCACCGGCUGACGCUCUCGCAGGGCCACCAGCGGCGCGGCGCCGUCGACCUGCACGGCAGCGUCUUCGCUGCCGCGCAGGAUGCGUUCCUCCAGGCGGCCGCCGUGCCGCGCGAGGCCGAGGACCCGGCGCAGGCCGCGGCACGCUUCGGCGGCCAGCUGGCGGCGCCGUACAGCGCCGAGAUGCGCCGCCUCAGCGCCCAGUGGCGCAGCCUGGCACGGCAGCCGGCCGUCGUGCACGUCGCUGGCGCGGCAGACGCGUGGGCCGGCCUCGCACACUGCUCCCGGUGAGCUGGCGUGAGAGAGGACAAUUCAAUUCCUCGACGGACAAAGAGGCGGGAAUAGAGGGAACACGCGACAGGCCCUCGCGCUUGGUGUUUCUGGUCCGCGCGAGGGGGGUCUCAUCAGGU